AUGAAAGUCAGUUUGGAUUUUCAAGAAGUGAUGAAUGAGUUCGCAAAUACAAAGCUGUCAUACAUCUCCAUUGCCUACAGCUUGCAUAAACUUGUCAUCACAAGAGGUGUGUUGGAAAAAUUAAUAGAUAAUACAACUGAAUACUCAAAUUUAGAGUAUGUAGCAUUAUGGGAAAAACAGUGUAAUGCUGUAGCUGCCUUUCUUGUUUUCUUCGUCUGGAUAAAAGUAUUGAAGUAUAUUAACAUAACCCACACAACAGCUCAACUGAAUGAAGCACUUAAACGGUGUGCUAAAGAUCUUGCUGCUUUUGGAUUAUUGUUUUUCAUUGCUAUUUGUGCAUAUGCCCAACUGGGAUAUAGCCUUUUUGGAACAAAGGCAAGGGACUUCAGAGGAAUUGGAAUAUCUGUGGUGACUCUUUUGCGGACUAUUGUGGGAUAUAAUAUUUAUGAAUCAAUUCAGAAAGCUGAUUGGUUUUUUGCUCCUAUAUACUAUAUUGCAUAUGUAGUAUUUGUUUUCCUCAUAUUAUUGAAUAUGUUUAUUGCAAUUAUUGUAUAUUCAUAUUCAGAAGUAAAAGCUGAGAUAGCUGUUAUGGAUGAUGAUUUACAUUUGACUGACUUUUUGAAAAGACACUUCAAAAAUGUGAUGGAGAAAUUUGGCGUAUACAGCACAUAUGAGCCAAAGUCUAAGGACAAAGAGAAGAAGCUCACAUAUAACGAUAUUAGAGAAAUUUUACGAGAGUGCAAAUUUACAGAUUUGGAGAUAGAAAUGUUUUUUGCAAAAUACGACAUCACAGGAGAAAGAAUAGUAACUGAACAUGACACACACAGAAUGUUACGUGAUAUGGGAUGGGUGGACAAGGAAGACGAAGAUGUGGAACCAGAAGAAGAUUCUGGUGUGUCUGUAGAUGAAUUUGAAGAGUAA